AUGGCGGCCGGCGCGCGCGCCUACCUGUCGCCGCUAACGAAGCCGUCGAUGCCGACGGCGGCGUCGGCGUCGCGGACAGACGCCGGCCCGGAGGCCGCGUCCGAGACCGACCCUUCUCUGAUCCCCGUCUCUGGCUCCCACAGCGGACAGACGCCGGCGCGGCAGCCGUCGUACAGACGCCGGCCCGAAGGCCGCCACGGCACCACCCUGUGGCCCGCCAUGUACCACAACGGCGUGCACGGCACGGGCGGGUACGGCCUGGAGGGAGGCGGCUGCGGCAGCGGCCUCUCCAUGAACUUCGGCGGCUUUAAGCUGCCGCCGUCUCGCGAGAUGCCGCACCCGGGCAUAGCGCAGGCCUUCCCGCGCUACGGCUACACGGGCGGCAACAUGAUGCCCUGGGCCUGCAACAACAUGACCGGCCUGCAGUCGCUGCAGCGCGGAACAUACGAGUUUCGUGAGUGCGUUCAGUGUGGCACGGUCACCCAGUCCUGCUACCCGGACGGCACGGGGCACUUCCUCUGCGGCGCCUGCUUCUGCAACCCCAAGUGGAAGGGCAUGGGCCAUCCUCGUCUCUUCAACGCCAGGAGAGGGUCGCCGUACGCUCGUCGAUUUCACUCGAUGUGCACGAACUGUGGCACCACGCAGACGACUCUCUGGAGGCGGAACAACGAAGGUGAGCCGGUUUGCAACGCCUGUGGUCUGUACUUCAAGCUUCAUGGCAUCCGCCGACCCCUGUCCAUGAGGAAAGACGGAAUUCAAACUCGGAAACGGAAGCCGAAAAGCAAGAGACGAACAGAAGAUAAGGACAAAAAAGAGUGCGCAAGCAUCGAGAAGGGCAAGGAGUGCCAGCUGACGACGCCAGCGCGGGAGACCCCGACGACAGCGGCCGCCACGUCCACCUCCUGCCGGCCGGCCGCCGCCGAGCCGACGCUCAGCUGCUCCUACCGGUCGGUCGCCGGCAGCGCCACCUCGGAGUUCGGCGCAGCGACCGGGGCGCCAUCUGUGCACCGGUCGCCCGUGUCCGGCUCGAGCCUGCGCGGCCGGCCGGCCCAGUAG